AUGUUGGCAGGUGAGAGCGGACUUGGUAAGACGACGUUCGUGAACACGCUCUUUUCAACAACUGUUAAGGGAUAUAAUGACGACAGCUCGCGUCAUAAGAAACCAAUUCAAAAGACAGUGGAGAUUUCAGUGACUAAAGCCGAGCUGGAAGAGAAGGGGUUUAAGGUGCGGUUGAAUAUCGUCGAUACCCCUGGAUUCGGCGACAAUGUCAAUAACCGAGAUGCCUGGCAACCUUUGGUCGAGUUCAUUGAUGACCAACACGAGUCAUAUAUGCGUCAGGAACAACAACCUAAUCGUAAAGACAAGGUGGACAUGCGAGUUCACGCCUGUGUGUACUUUAUUAGACCCACUGGUCAUGGCUUGAAACCACUUGAUAUUGAGACUAUUCGUAAACUAUCGACGCGAGUCAACGUGAUUCCUGUCAUUGCUAAAGCAGACACUCUUUCUAAAGAAGAAAUUAGUGCAUUCAAAGACAGAAUCAGACAGACAUUGCAUGCUCAGAACAUCCAAGUCUACAGACCCGCUACUGAAGAGGAGCUCGGACCCAGUUCACAGGGCCCGGCUGGCGGACUUAAUGGAUCUGGAGCUAAUGGAGCAGCCAGUGCCAAUUCGCUGGCUCAUGCUAUUUAUGACAGCAUGCCAUAUUCAGUGAUUGCAUCCGAGAAGGACAUUGUUGUUGGCGACGGCAAGCCUGUCAAGGGUCGUCAGUACUUGUGGGGAGUGGCCGAGGUCGAGAACGACGAGCAUUGUGAUUUCAAUAAACUGCGUAACCUGCUUAUCAGAACACACAUGCUAGAUCUGGUUCUGUCGACCGAGGAGCUGCACUAUGAAGCAUACCGUAGCCAGCAGAUGGAGACCCGUCAAUUUGGCGAGGGCCGUACCCACCGUCUUGUGAAUCCCAAGUAUAAGGAAGAAGAAGACGCACUUCGCAAGUCGUUCAGUGAACAAGUCAAGGCUGCCGAGGCCCGAUUCCGCACCUGGGAAGCCACACUUAUCCGCAAGAGAGACGAGCUUAACAAAGAUCUCGAGGACACCCACAGCCAGAUCCGGGCUCUCGAGGCCGAGUACGAGCAACUCGCCCGCCAAAAGCGAUAA